UCGGGUGCAAAAAUCAACAUAUCAGACUGCUCGUGCCCGGAACGAAUCGUCACCGUCUCCGGAUCAAGAAGUGCUAUCUACAAAGCCUUUACACUUAUUACAAAAAAAUUCGAAGAGUGGUGUUCACAGUUUCAAGACAAUACAACUGCACAGGGUAAAACGCAAAUUCCAAUUCGCUUGAUUGUGCCAGCUAGUCAGUGCGGCUCCUUGAUCGGAAAAGGCGGCUCGAAAAUCAAAGAAAUUCGAGAAAUCACGGGGUGUUCGAUUCAAGUUGCAAGUGAAAUGUUGCCAAAUUCUACGGAACGCGCUGUCACACUUAGUGGAUCAGCGGAAUCAAUCACGCAAUGUAUCUAUCACAUAUGCUGUGUUAUGCUGGAG